UCCUUGUGUGCGUGUCGGCUAUGGCAGCGCUGCCCGGUGCCGUGGCCCCCCGGCUGCUUCUCAUCUCUGGUAAAGGGGCCGAGCCGCCCGGCCCCGCGGCGGGUCGGCAGCUCUCCGUGGUCCUGCCAGCAGGAGCCGCAUCCAGCACUCCGGGCCUAGAGGCCCCGCAGCCGACCCGCAAGCGGCAGCGGCUCACGCAUUUGAGCCCGGAGGAGAAGGCCCUGCGGAGGAAGCUGAAGAACCGCGUGGCGGCCCAGAGCGCCCGGGACAGGAAGAAGGCGCGGAUGACGGAGCUGGAGCAGCAGGUGGUGGAACUGGAGGAGGAGAACCAGAAGCUCCUGCUGGAAAACCAGUUUCUGCGAGAGAGGACGUGUAACCUCACCCUGGAGAACCAGGAGCUUCGCUGCCGCCUGGGCUUAGAUGCGCUGAAGACGGAAGAAGAGAACGAAUCCAAGGCUGUGACAGAGUCACAGGUGGAUGAGAUCAGGCUGGUGACCGGGUCCGCUGAGCGCAGCACUCAGACUACGUGUUCCUCUGCAGCAGGUGCAGGCCCAGCAGUCACCAUUCCUGAUCACUUCCAUAUGGAUUCUGAUGGCAGUGACUCUUCAGACUCAGAGCCUGAUCUGCUCUUGGGCUUUCUGGACAGUCUGGACCCAGAUAUGUUUCUCAAAUGUGCUGAUCCGGAGUCAGUCUGUUUGGAGAAGCUGGAGGAAGAGAUCUGUGGAGAAACAAAUUCCAUACCACCCUCCUCCUCUCCCUCUUUGGGGUCCCCAUCAGCUAAGCUGGAGGCCAUUAAUGAACUGAUAAGGUUUGAUCACGUGUACACAAAGCCCCUAAUACUGGAGAUUCCUGUUAAAAUGGGCAACCAAACCAACAUGCUAGUGAAAAUUGAAGAAGCAUCUCUCUCUCCAUCUGAAGACAAAGCUAUCCCUGAGGUCCCAGUAUCUGUGAAAGAGGAACCUAUAGACAGCUUCAUGCCUGAACUGGGUUUCUCUCAUCUGCUUUCUUCUCAUCGUAGCCCUGCAGCCUCACGCUAUCUGUUGGAUGCCUGUAGUGACUCUGGGUAUGAAGGGUCCCCAUCGCCCUUCAGUGACAUGUCCUCUCCACUUGCCACUGACCAUGCCUGGGAAGAUAGCUUUGCCAAUGAACUCUUUCCCCAACUGAUCAGUGUCUAACUCAGUAGUGUUAACUCCCCUUGUGUAGCUGUCCUGGCAGAAGAGCAGGAUUUGCCCCUUUGUGGGGGUAGGAGGGACAUCCAGUGUGUUCAGGGAAGUGGUGUGUAUUUCAGCCCCUGCUAGCAAAAGGGUCAUGGCCAAUACUUUCCUGGUGGUAUGAGAGAGCCUGUCCUGUCCUCCCUUCCCCUCACAUCAGGGUUGGCUUAGGAGGGAGGACAGUUUGUGUCUCAGUUACUUGCCAAUUCUACAUGAACCUAAAAGUGAACAUUUUGGUUUGCAUUGAAAAUAAUUUAUGCUGCAGCAGCAUAUGCAGGGACAGCUGGGUUAGGACUGGAUAGUCUGCACCCCUCCCAGAUCACUGUGUAAAUGCUUGGUUUCCAUUUGCUAUGUAGAGUUGCUUUCUCCAUUUAAUAUUUAACUGUAUUUGUGCAAUUAAAGUGCAGUGCGGCUCACUGA